AUAAAUAAAUUCGUUUAAUCACAAUAUCUAAAAAAAAAAAAUCCCUUAAUAUUAACUCCGACAAGCGCGUAUACUGUCCAAUAAAAUUAAAUUCGUUCAAAGAGAAAGAAGUGAGAAAAGUUAUCAAAGCAAGAAAUCCUUCCUUUUCACAUUAGGUAAAGUAAAAAAAGGGAGAGGAGGAGGAGGAGGAGCAUACGACAUAAUAAUAAUGGAUGAAAAAAAAAAGAUAGAUAGAUGGAUGGAUGGAUUAAAGGGAGAAAAUUAUAUGCUUUUAGUUCAGGAAGCUAAUCUCAAAUUUGUUAAUUAGCCCAACAUGGAAGCUGUUCAGACAUUCGGUCGCAAGAAAACUGCUACUGCCGUUGCCCAUUGUAAGCGUGGUCGCGGUCUCAUCCGCAUCAAUGGUUCUCCUCUUGAACUCCUCGAACCUGAGAUCCUUAAAUUCAAGGUUUACGAAGUCAUUCUUCUCUUGGGUGAAGAACGUUUCUCCAACGUUGACAUUAGAAUCCGUGUGAACGGUGGUGGUCACACCUCUCAAGUCUAUGCUAUCCGUCAAGCCCUUGCUAAGGCUAUCGUUGCUUUCUAUCAAAAGUUUGUUGAUGAGGCUGCCAAGAAGGAAAUCAAAGAAAUCCUUGUUCAAUAUGAUCGUACCUUGCUUGUUGCUGAUCCUCGUCGUUGUGAACCCAAGAAGUUUGGUGGUCCAGGUGCUCGUGCCCGUUACCAAAAGUCUUACCGUUAAAAAAACGAUGGCAUUCUUUUUUGCCUUUUUUUUAUGUGUUAUAAUUAAAAAAUAAAUAAAUAAAUGAAUAAAUAAAUAUAUAAAU